GUGUGUGUGUGUGUGUGUGUGAGUGUGUGUGAGUGCGCGAGGGGCCGAGGCUGGAGAGGAAGCCGCCCGCCCAGCUGGGGAGCCGGAAGGAGCCCGCCCUGUCCCCCAGCCCCCUCCCCACUUCCCGUCCCGCUCCGCGACCGCUCCCCCCAGCGCGGGCCUCGGGCGCCUGGAGCCGCGCACCUCCGCACAGCUGGAGGAGCCGGCGAGGCGCAUGUCGGGCGGGGGUCCCCAGGGCGCUCCAGCCGGUGGCGGCGGGGGCCAGCGCGCAGGCAGCCAGGACGGCCGGCCACCUGCGGCGGCGUUUCGGAGGCGGCGGCUGGCACGGAAACCUGGAUACAUGAGACGCGAAGCUGCGCCCCAGAUCAGGUUCCUCUCCCCCGCCAUGGGCACCUCAUUCCGGGCCCAGGGAGGGGCAUGUGGUGAGGAGUCCCACCACUCUGAGUCCAGGGCUGGACGACAGUGUGGCCUUGAACCUGGAGGCCAGUGGCGAGGCCCCUUGGUUGGGAGCCUUCUUCCUAGGAGCACGGCAGCCCCAGCUGGAACCUUCGCGGGCCACCGAGGCCUAUCUCUGGCCCCAGCACGAGGGACCUCCGGGUUCUGUGGGAUUCAGUUCGGAGCCGGCACCAAACCGCCCAGCAGGCUGACCAGGUUGUGUGGCCCCAGGUGUCAGGGGGAGCUCCCACCCAUGGACAGUGCUGAGGCCUCUGGCCCACGUCAGGACGCCACCUGUGGUGAAGGAGCAAGGGGCACCCAGACCGAAGACUGGCCGGCCCCAGAGGAGGUGAGUGGCAGCAGCUGUGGCCUCACAAAUGGCCCCAAGGCCCCCUCAGCCCCCGCCAGCUCCCAGGCGGCCUUCACCUCCAGCUUCAGCUUCAUCCAGCUCUCACUCUGCGCUGCCGGGGAACGCGGAGAAGCCGAAGGCUGCCCGCCAUUCAGAGAGGCCGAGGACGUGGAAGCCAAGGCUGCCAGCUUGGACAGGCUCCACGAGGACCCUAGACUUUCCCCUCCCCUCUUCAGUCUCAAGGCUGCUCAGGGCUCUGCAGACUCUGCCCAGACUUCAGGGGGCAGCCCCGGGUUGGUGUGUGAGCCCCUUUCUGCGCUGGACACAGGCGCUGCCUCCUGCUGCUCCCAGGGCCCCUCAACCUUCGAGAACACCGCUCCGCACUGGGACCUGCUGCUCCGGAAGUGCGAGCCCCUGCUGCUGGAGUGCCUGCUCAGCAACCGCAGGCAGCUGGAGGUAAACUCCUUAAGACUAAAGCUUCAGAAACUCCAAGAAAAAGCUGUUGAGGAGGAUGACUAUGAUAACGCUGAGGCAUUAAAACGAAGAUUAGAAGACCUGGAGGAGGAGAAAAGCAACUUGUGCUUCCAGCUUCCUUCCAGGCAGCCGGCCCUCCGCAGCCUUCUGGUCUACCUGGGGGCACAGGCCGAGGCCACCCUGCGCCAGGCCGCUCAGCAGUUGGGCGGUGAGGACGCCCCAGCUCCACUCGGAGUGGAGCCCCCAGCUCAGGACCCCCUGGGCGUGGCCAUCACCAGGCGGGACUGGCUUCUUCAAGAAAAGCAGCAACUGCAGAAAGAAAUCGCAGCCCUCCAAGCCCGGAUGUCUGUGCUGGAAGCGAAAGAUCAACAGCUGAGAAGGGAGAUAGACUUGCAGGAGCAGCUUCUCCGGUGGCAGGGCUGUGACCUGAGUCCCCUGAUGGGCCGGCUGUCCCCCAGCGAGCUGCAGGAGGUCCGAGAGGCUGUGCAGGACACCCUGGCCUUAGCCAACCAGAUCCCCCUCCCUGCAGGACCCCCCGAAAGCAUAAGGAGCCUCCAGGACAGGAUAAAACCGCUCACUCUGUCCCUUAAAGAGAUUACUGCGAAGGUGUGCAGGACCGAGAGACUGUGCAGCACUCUCAGGAAGAAAGUUAACGAAAUCGACACCCAGCUGCCGGCGCUGCUCGAAGCCAAACUGCUCGCCGUAUCAGGCAGCCAUUUCGGGACCGCUAAGGAGCUCACGGAGGAGAUCAGAUCGCUGACCUCCGAGAGGCAAGGGCUGGAGGGACUCCUGCACACGCUGUCGGUGCUGAGCUCCAGGAACGCCCGGAAGCUGGGGAGCAUUCGAGAAGAUUACAGCCGGCUGCGCAGGGACCUGGACCACGGGAAAACGGCCCACGAGACCAGCUUGAAGGAGAAGGCUGUGAAGUACAUGGAUGUGCUCUCGGACAAACUGCGCAGCUGCACGUGUCCGCUGCUGGGAAGAGUGUGGGGAGCUGACCUGGAAGCUUGUCAGUUGCUUCUCCAGAGCCUGCAGCUCCAGGAGCCCAGAGGUAACCCGUCUGAGGCAGAGGAGAAGCAGGUGGAUGACUCAGGGGGAGCUGCCUGUGCCACUGUCCCCGGCCGCUGCCCCCAACCCUGCUCUGAAGACGAGAGGAGGACCCCUCUGCAGGCGCUCAGCGAGUGGAGGGCUCAGCCAGCCCCCUCACCUCUCCGUGCUGACAGCAAACAGAGAGAGGAAUUGUACAUCAUUUCUGCAGAACUUGGAGAAAAAUGCGAAGCCAUAGGCCAGAAGUUACUGUACCUGGAAGACCAGCUCCACGUGGCGAUCCAGAAUCACGAUGAAGACCUCAUUCAGUGUCUCAGGAGGGAGCUGCAGAUGGUGAAGGACACUCUGCAGGCCAUGAUCCUGCAGCUCCAGCCAGCGAAGGAGGUGGGAGAGAGAGAGGCAGCGGCUUCCUGUGCGACGGCCGGUGCCCUGGACAUGCUGCCCGAGGCGUGCGGGGCAGCAGAAGCAGGCCUCAGGAGGUAGGUGCUGGAGACGAUGGUGCUGAGCCUUGGGAGACCGAUGGACUUUCUCCAAGACGCGGAGCUGGUCAGCGGCCGAGCGAGAGUAGCAGAGAAGACGGGGCACUCUCAAUGGGGACUCUUCAUAAGGUCCCUUCGGUGUCUUUUUGGGACCUUGAGCAUUGGAGCCUAUUUGUCCACAUAAGAAUGCACAGUAACCUUAAGACCCUGCCCCAAGAGCCUGAGAAACUGAGCCCGGGAAUCCUCGGCUUCCCAUCCCCAGGGCGGCCCCCUGCUGUUCUGCGGCCAUGACGUCCAGGCUCAGACUGGCUUCCACACACCUGCCCACCGCCACUGUCCUCACCGGCCGUUCGUUCUGCAUCAGCCUCGAAAGCCGUGCCAGCAGCCUCCGCGGCCGCCUGAGCCUGGACAGGUUUCCUUGAAAAGCCCCAUCCACCUGGUGGGGUUCAGGAAGCAUGUGAGAAAGCAGCCCUGUGCAUCUUGGUCCACACAGGGUCUUGGGAACGCAACUUCAUGCUUUCAUUUUGAAUGUCCUCACCUUUCCUAACCUCUGCAUUUUGUCAUGUAAUUUAUUGCUUCAUGCAGUUGACUUUCUCUCACAUGAAAUCCAAACUGAUAUCCAUGUCAGGGUGCACCUUUAACUUUUUGUGUGUGUGUUCUGGAGUGUAACAGGAAAAGCUCGUCAGGGUCAUUCAUCUCAUCUUUUUGUGUAAUUGUACGGUAACAUACAUCACACAAAACAUCUCUAAUAAAGUGAUGCUUCACAAAUGGAGUAUGCGUUUACUUUCAGGUAUCAGCCAAUCAGAAAAUAAUGUAGUUUUCUCUUCCAGAGCCUUUGAUUGAGGAAAUUGAAAAUAACAUUGCCAGUUAUGUGGGGAAAAGCCAAGCCAAACGUGCCUGCUGACACCACUGGCAGUAUUCUGCUGGAGAUAUUGGCUAACUCAGGCAAGGAAAAGAAAUGAUGGUUUCAAUUUGGGAAGGAGGAGAUACAUUAAUAUUUACCGGGGACAUUCACUGUGGGCUAGAAAACCUAAGAGCAUUAACAGAAUGUUUUUAUACCAUUAACACAAUUAGUGAUGAAAAUCAACAGGUUUUAUAUACACAAAAA